AUAAUUAAAUAAAAACAACUUCAUCUCGCCAUUCAAAGAUAGUAGAAUCUCUUAAAAAAUUAAAACAAAAUCUAUAGUAUAUCACAUUUGCUCGUUUAUUUUGCUUAAUUAUCUUUAUUAUUUCUUCUGUCCAUAUUGAAAAAACGAAAAUUAGUAGUAUUGCAUCUCCUCCCCUCGCCAUUCUCUCAUUUGAGUCAUUUCCAUUGCUGCGUCAAAUCGGUCGCUCAGAAACCGCAAGCGGAAACCCUAGUCCCCAAUUCCAAUAUCACAAGCGAUGAGAUGAGAUGAAAUCAUUGUUCUUCGUAUUUCUUCUAUUGAUCUCCAUGAAUUAUCACCAUGAAACCUCCUUGGAGAGAUGUUUUUUGUCCGUUAUAAACCUGUGCAAGUAUUGUUGAUUGGGAAUUAUGGACGUUGCUGAGGUUGAAGAAAGUCUUUUUGUGGCCAACGAUGCCAAGUUACAUGGAGAGAUGUGUAAAAUACUUUCUUCAGUUCUUUGUAAAGUGUUGGGAAUUUUUCCACUCUUAGAAGCUGCACGACCAAGGAGCAAGUCGGGUAUACAGGCAUUAUGUUCACUUCAUAUAGCACUUGAGAAGGCCAAGAAUCUUCUUAGUCAUUGUUCAGAUAGUAGUAAACUAUACUUGGCUAUAACUGGUGAUUCUGUUCUUGUAAAAUUUGAGAAAGCAAGGUGUUCCCUUGAGGAUAGUCUUAGGCGUGUUGAAGACAUUGUUCCACAAGCAAUUGGUUGUCAGAUUUCAGAGAUUGUAACUGAACUUCGGGGGACGGUGUUUUCACUUGAUGCAUCAGAGAAGCAAGUUGGUGAUGAAGUGAUUGCCUUACUCCAGCAGGAAAGAAAAUUUAACAGCAAUUACAAUGACAAUAAUGAGCUUGAAACCUUUCACCAAGCUGCCUCAAAGCUUGGAAUUACUUCUUCAAGAGCAGCUCUGACAGAGAGAAGAGCUCUGAAGAAGCUGAUUGAAAGAGCUCGUGCCGAGGAAGACAGGCGGAAGGAAUCCAUUGUGGCUUACCUUUUACACCUCAUGAGGAAAUAUUCAAAGUUAUUCAGAAGUGAAUUCUCAGAUGACAAUGAUUCACAAGGAUCAGCACCUUGCUCUCCAACUGUCCAGGGUUCCUUUGAGGAUGGUAGUGGACAUGGAGGGAAUAGUCAUGCCUUUGAUCGACAGCUCUCUAAAUUGAGUUCUUUCAGUUUCAAGACAAAUGGUCGGAAGUCUGGGCAAAUGCCUGUACCUCCCGAGGAGUUGAGAUGUCCAAUUUCAUUGCAGCUCAUGUAUGAUCCAGUCAUAAUCGCAUCUGGACAGACCUAUGAGAGGAUCUGCAUUGAGAAAUGGUUCAGUGAUGGACAUAGCACCUGCCCAAAGACUCAGCAGCAGCUCUCUCAUCUUUGUCUAACACCAAAUUACUGUGUCAAGGGUCUUGUUACUAGUUGGUGUGAACACAAUGGAGUCCCUAUUCCUGAUGGGCCUCCAGAAUCUCUUGAUUUAAACUACUGGAGGCUUGCAUUAUCUGAGUGUGAAUCAACUAAUUCUAGAUCCAUGGAGAGUGUUGACUCCUGUAAGUUGAAGGGAAUCAAGGUAGUGCCUGUUGAGGAGAAUGGGAUUGUUGAGGAAAGAAAUGAGAUUGAAAAUAUUCCUGGCCUGGAAGAAAACUCGGAACUGGACCUAUUUCAGAUGUAUGAAAACUUCUUGACUGUCUUGUAUGAAGGAAAUAACCUAAGGAGGCAAUGCAAAGUAGUGGAACAGAUACGACACUUGCUGAAGGAUGAUGAAGAGGCCAGAAUAUUUAUGGGGGCCAAUGGGUUUGUUGAGGCCCUUGUUCGGUUUUUGGGGUUGGCUGUUCAUGAGCGUAAUGAGAAAGCUGUGGAAACUGGAGUUAUGGCACUUUUCAACCUUGCUGUUAACAAUAACAGGAACAAGGAAAUGAUGUUAUCUGCAGGAGUAAUUCCACUGUUGGAGGAAAUGAUCCUUAUGUCCAAAUCUGAUGAACCAGCAACGGCUCUCUAUCUGAACCUCUCUUGCCUGGAGGAAGCCAAGACAAUUAUUGGUUCAAGCCAAGCUGUUCCCUUCUUAGUUGGCCUCCUACAAGCUGAUUCUGAACCCCAAUGCAAGCUAGAUGCCCUCCAUGCCCUCUACAACCUCUCCACUCACCUCUCAAAUAUCCCCUUUCUCCUCUCAGCUGGCAUCCUCGAAGGGCUUCAGAAUCUCCUCACAGAUCCCACUGACCAUGCAUGGACUGAAAAAUCCAUUGCUAUACUUACAAAUCUAGCAUCAAAUAGAUCAGCAAAGAAGGAAAUUAUAUCAACGUCAGGUCUUAUCAGUGGGCUUGCGGCCAUUUUGGACAUGGGUGAGCCCAUUGAGCAGGAGCAAGCCGUUUCAUGCCUUCUAAUUUUAUGUAAUGGAAGUGAGAAAUGUAGUGAACUAGUUCUUCGAGAAGGGGUGAUACCUGCAUUAGUGUCGAUAUCAACGAAUGGAACUGCUAGAGGGAAAGAAAAGUCACAGAAGCUGCUAAUGCUCUUCCGGGAGCAGCGACAGAGAGAAGCAUCACCUGUUCAGACACAGCCGCAGCCUGAUGGUAAUGGUGUAACCCCGCCUGCUCCAGAGUCAAAGCCACUAUAUAAAUCAACAUCGAAGAGGAUGGGGAGGGCUUUGUCGUCCAUAUGGAAGAACAAGAGCUUUUCGAUCUACCAGUGCUAAAACUCUUGUUAUGUUUCGGCCAGCCAUGUAUAUUUCUGUUGUAUCUCUUUCUCCUUUCAUUCUUCCUUCUCUUUCCUUUGUCUUUUUUCUGUUAUCCCACGGGCAUUAUUUAUUUCUUUGCCUGCAAAGAAAGAAGGAAAAAAAAUGUACAGGCCAAUCUUUGAAGUUUUGUUUUACUUUUCAUUAGGUACUUGUACGAUGUCGUAACUUUUUGAUCCUUGCGUCAGCUGAAUACAUCGUAGCUUUAGCAAUGCAUGUUUGUCGAGCA